UGCUGGAGGCUGGCGGGCGCCUUCUCCGCCCCGCCGGCGGCUCCUCCUUCUCGGCUCUCGCCGCCGCCGCUGCCGCCUCUCCGGCCGAGGCUUCCCGGGGCCCCGCUGCCGCCCCCCAGCCUCCCCCCCGCCGCAGGGCUGAGAGAGGGACCCUGAGGAGGGUGGCUUCCAAAAAAAGACCCCUCCCCAAGCUGACUCCUUAUCCAACUGACACACGGUCCCAGCUGGUUUCUAAUUCUUUGUUUCGUCCCAUCGGGAAGCCCUUCGCAGCUGCCCCCUCCUCAAUUCUUCACGGUUGGGGCCAAGAACGGGCUCAUACUCCAGGAACUGAGCAAUGUCUCGCCCUGCAUGGCUGCCCCCCAAGAACCCCAGUGAACCGGUGGGGCACGUGACCGCAAGAAUGGAGACCACCCACACGUUUGGGACCCCCAGCAUUUCCGUUUCCACUCAGCAGACCCCCAAAAAGUUUGCUCCGGUGGUAGCUCCCAAGCCAAAAUACAACCCUUACCGCGCGGAACUAGAAGGUGACGUCCCUCCGCCCCCUCCCCCUCCCCCACCGCCUCCCCUUUCAUCCGACCACCUGGGGAGCUUCCCGCCAUCCUCGGGGUCUUUCCUGCCACCGCCCCCUCCGGAGGAAACUUUUGCCAACAUCCAGGUCAACUCUGGCGGGAAGACGUUGGAAGAGAGGAGAUCCAGUUUGGAUGCGGAGAUCGAUUCCUUGACCAGCAUCCUGGCAGACCUGGAAAGCAGCUCACCUUACAAGCCAAGGAGCCAACAGACCCAGGCCAUUGGGAUUCCUGGUGGAUCUCCCGGGACCACCCCUGCCGUGUCCACUCCGGUCACGGGACACAAGCGCAUGGUCAUUCCCAACCAGCCUCCCUUGACCGCCACCAAAAAGUCAGCCACCCCCAAGUCCGGCGCCCAGCCCAUCCCGGUGACACCCGUUGGAACCCUGAAGCCUCAGCCCGUUCCGGCACCCUACACUACGGCCGCCACUCCCACCCGGCCCCCGUUCAACGUGCAGGUGAAAUCAGCUCAUCCUGCCCCCCACUUCCCACCCUCGGCUCCCCAAUAUGGCAGCCUGGCCCCCCAGCCGCCUUCUUCCAUGGGCUCCUAUGUGCCGGCGCAACCUCGGGCACCCGAUUAUGGUUACGUGCCCCCACCGCCGAUGGGUUACGGUUCCGCGCCACUGCCGGUCCGCCAGCCAGAACCGGCCUACGGUGGGAGCGCCACCCAAAGAGGCUGGGAAGGAGCCGAGCCUUCCUAUGGGCCCCCUGGAAGCGCCUGGAAGCCUGAGCCAGCGUACCCUCCAGCCAUGGGGCAGUACCCGUCCUCUGGAGCCCGGAAGGCCUACGGCUUUGAGCCAGCGCCGGCCUCUCAGCUGCAUCCAAAGACUGAAAAUGCUGCGUUUAGACCGGAGGACGAAUUAGAACACUUGACCAAAAAGAUGCUGUAUGACAUGGAUAAUCCACCUUCGGAAGACUAUUUUGGCCGUUGCGCCCGUUGUGGGGAGAACGUGGUAGGAGAAGGAACCGGUUGUACCGCGAUGGACCAAGUCUUCCACGUCCACUGCUUCACCUGCAUGAUUUGCCAUAACAAGCUCCGCGGACAGCCCUUCUACGCGGUGGAGAAGAAGGCCUAUUGCGAGCCUUGCUACAUCAACAGCCUGGAGCAAUGCAGCGUCUGCGCCAAGCCGAUCAUGGAGCGCAUCUUGAGGGCCACCGGGAAAGCUUACCACCCUCACUGCUUCACCUGUGUGAUUUGCAACCGGAGCCUGGAUGGCAUUCCGUUCACCGUGGAUGCCGGGGGAAACAUCCAUUGCAUUGAGGAUUUCCACAGGAAAUUUGCCCCCCGAUGCUCCGUCUGCAAGGAACCCAUCAUGCCCGCCCAGGGCCAGGAGGAAACUGUCCGGAUCGUGGCCCUGGACCGCGACUUCCAUGUCCACUGCUACCGGUGUGAGGACUGUGGGGGUCUGCUGUCCGAAGGCGACAACCAAGGCUGCUACCCGUUGGACGACCACAUCCUCUGCAAAGGCUGCAACUCCGCCCGGAUCCAGGCGCUGACCGCCAAGGCCAGCACUGACCUCUGAAGGGGGCCCGGAGAGAUCCGGGAUCCGGCUUCCUGGGACUCUUCUGCACGCUACUUCUCCCCCCUCCCACCCCCCACCCCCAUAACAGAUUGCGCCAUCUUUCUGCACACACACACACAGGUUGUCUAGGGAAAGUAUUUCUGGUGGGGUCCCGAGGGUUUUUUCAGGGGGCUUCUUAGCCCCCCCCCAAAAAAAAGACCCUUCCCUGGAUUCUUGGAGACGUAUCCAAUUUCCACCUGCUUAGGUUUUAGGGUGUCGCCAUGCACCCAAAUGGAAGGGUGGGGGUGUCUGGGGUGGUGUGGGGGGUCCCUAGGUGGGGGUGACGGCCUUCACAUCCUUUUCCACUUGCAUGCCUUUAAUUGCACACCUGUCCUAACAGUAAUCAGGGCUUUUCUGACACCUCGUUCAAGGGAUUUAGCAAAAUUUCUCCCUUGUCCCAGUUCAACUUCAUCCUGUCUUCUUCAUCUGGGGCAAACCAGAUUCUUUGACAGAAAAAACACUUAAAUAUAUAUAUAGAUAGAUAGAUAUUUCUUCCCUGUGCCUUUUAAACCACCAUUGCCUACGGCUUUCCUCUUUGGGAAGCCUUCAGCUUCUUUUGCACAUUUCUACAGGUAGUCCUCGACUUACGACCCCAGUGGAGCCCAACACUUCCGUCACUAAGCGAGGCGGGGCGUCAGCCUCAUUUUACAAACUUUUUCUGCCACGGUUCUUAAGUUGGUAACAUGGUCAAUAAGUGAAUCUGGCUUUUGGUCCGAAAGUCGCAAAACGGGAUCAAGGGAUCACGGGACACUGCAACCGUCAUAAAUACAUGCCAGUUGCCAAGCGGCCGGAUUUUGAUCACGUGAUCCUGGGGAUGCUGCAACGGUCAUAAAUGUGAAAAACGGUCCUAGGUCACUUUUUUUCAGUGCUGUUGUAACUUCAAACAGUCACUAAACGGACGGUGGUAAUUCGAGGAUUAUCUGCCUCUCCAAAUUCCCUUGAUAUCCAGUAUCGUCCCCUGUUUUGACCUUUUGUGCCUUAAAAAGGAAAGAAAAUUUAAAAACGGAUAAAAAUUGGGGGCUGAUCGUGUUUUCACUCGCCCCAGAAUCAAAAUAAAGUUAGCAAGACCAAAGAUUUAAUUGCCUGGACAAAUUUCCUGGUUUUACAGAUGGACUUCCUUACACGAUCUCACUGUUUUCCUAUUUUGGAAGCAGUUAAGCGAAACAACAAUGCGUUUCAUCCAUUUCCUGCAUAGGUCGUCCUGGACUUACGACCAUGACUGGGAGGGACCAGAAUUUCCAUCGCUAAGCAAGACGGUUGUUCAGUGAAUCGCUCCCGUUUUUAAGCGAAUCACUGCCCUUGUUAAGCAAACCGCACGGUCGUUAGGCAAAUCUGACUCGGUUUGUUGAGCACUGCUGGCAAUCACACAACCCCGGCACAUUGCCACCGUUGUGAAUGCAUGCUGAUUGGAUCGCAGGCUGCAGCGGUCAUAAGUGGGAGGUCUGGUCGUAAGUCCCAUUUUUUCAGUGCUGUUGUAACUUUGAAAGGUUGUAAGUCAGGGACCAUCUCAAUGGCUUUAUUUCUGGCUUUGGCAGUAGAGUAAACAUUCCCAAAGCCAAUCUUUUUUCAACUUCGGCCCUUUUAAGAGGAACGGACUUUAACUUCCAGAAUUUCCCAGCACCAAAAGUUGGAAUAAUUUCGCUGUUCCUUCCCCCUGCCGAUCUCAGGGCCAUCCUCCCUACCAGAUGGACGGGACAGUCCUGCAGGAAUGCCCUGCUCCGAAUCUGCAAGCCGGCAGGGCUCCCUGCAUGUAGACAUAUAGCACCUCAGGGAUAAAUUUUCCUGAGGAUCUGCUUGUUUGAAAUGCAGGGAUCUGGAAAAGGGCCAGAUUUUAGCACGGGUAUGUCAGCUUCCUGAUCUCGUCUUUCUAUACCCUGUCGUUGCUAUUUGUGGGGGUGUGAGUUCUAAUGCUGCCAAAUCCAAAAUGUGGAAAGUCAAACGUGUGAUUUUUGCCCUCCCUGAUUUUAGUCCCCAUAUAGAGGAAAAAUAUUUGAGUGGUGCGGUGGCCAAAUCAGGAGGCUGUGAGUUCGAUCCUAGGUAGAGGCAGAUAUAUUUUCUCUCUCUCUCUCUCUCUCUCUGGGCAGAUUGAGAAUAUAUCUGCUGAAUAAAACUCCACAUUGGCAACAGGAAAGGCUUCCGGUCAUUCAAACACUCAUCUCCAUUCAGUUGCCCAGACUCCAUCCUUGCAAGGGAUUAUGUUAAAAGAAGAUGAUAUUUAUUGCCAAGCAUUAUGUAAUGUAGUGCCCCGAAGUGCCUUUUUCAGAAGAAAUUUUGGACCUAAUUUGAGCAGUCAUUAAACAGAUGGUCGUUAAGUCGAGGACUAGUUAGUUAAGCCCUCAAGACUGGACUAGCUAAGGCAGGGCUUAGGUUUUCUGAAGCGGUUUUUCUCCAGACUCUUAAUACGAUUUGUGAGGUUUAGGAAUGGGCGGAUCAAUCAUUUAAGCCGGGGGGGGGGGUGUCUCCAAACAUGGCCACUUUUAAGACUUGUGGACUUCAACUCCCAGAAUUCCCCAGCCAGCGCAUGCCAGUGCAUUCUCCAAGCACUUAAAGUGGCCAAGUUUGGAGAUUCCUGAUUUAAGCAGAGACACUUUUGAAUCUCUUGCGGUCCUUUGUGAAAGAAGAAUGAUCAAGAAAAAGAAAGAGGGGAAGAAGGCAAGCUCAGACUGGCCACUCAGGCAGGAAACAAGAUUUAUAGAAAAAUAAACAAGAGGAACCAGGUUAGAAGAGAUCACAAAGAAAGAUUAAGAAAUCCGAUACUGUGGGAAAGCUUCACUCUUGAUCAUUUUACAGCAGCAAAACAAGCUAAAUCAAUAUUUUUCCAACUUGGCAACUUGAAAGGGUGGGGAAUUCCCAUGGCCGAUCGAGGAAUUCUGGGAACUGAAGUCCAGGCAUUCUGCGUGAGGAAUUCUGAGAGUUGAGGUUGGGAAAUCCUGGGAGUUGAAGUUCACAUAUUCUGGCUGGAGAAUUCUGGGAAUUGAAGUACAUGCAUGCAGCCUGGGGAAUCCUGGAAGUUGAAGUCCAAACAUGCUGAAUUUAGGGAGUUGAGAUUCAUGCAUGCUGUCUGAGGAAUUCUGGGAGCUGCAGUUCAUGCGUACUGAAUUCUAGGAGUUGGUCCAAGCAUGCUGAAUUCUGGGAGUUGAAGUUCAUGUGUGCUGAAUUCUGGGAGUUGAGGUUCAUGCAUGGUGCCUGAGGAAUCCUGGGAGUUGAAGUCUAUACAUGCUGGCUGGGGAAUCCUGGGAAUUGAAGUCCAAGCAUGUUGGAUUCUGGGAGUUGAAAUUCAUGCAUGCUGGCUGGGGAAUUCUGGGAGCUGAAGUCCACUCUUGCCAAGACUGAAAAAAAACACCGCCCUCCAGUUGUUGCCCCUUCAGGCGCUGGGACGAGGUCACCAGGCUGAGAGAAGGAAGUCUUUGGGGGCUCAAAGACCCUCAGGUGGACAAGCCAGGGGUCUGCACAAGGUAAUUUACUGGGCUCUGCUUGGGAGGAGAAGGAAAGGGAUGAACUUUGCAGGGGGAAACAGCUCCAAUGCAUCGUCCCAUAGGCAUCAUUGCGCUUCGGCUCACCCGUUCAUUUAUUUCUACCCUUCAUCUCUGCCGGCAUCUUCUCAUCCACCCAAAGCAUGCAAAAAACGCACGGGAUGCCUCCUCGAUGGUUUGCAAAUUUGGGCCUGCCUUUGCAGCCACAGCUGGCCAGAACCAAUCAGAAUGGAGCCGGAAGGGACCUUGGAGGUCUGCUAGUCCAGCCCUCUGCUCAAGCAGGAGACCCUAGACCAAUUCAGACAAAUGGCUGUCCGGUCUCUUCUCUAGAAAGAGUGCAGAGAAGAACGACAAAGGUGAUUGAGAAGGCUGGAGGCUGAAACAUACGAAGAACGGUUGCAGGAAUUGGGCAUGUCUAGUUUAAUGAAAAGAAAGACCAGGGGUGACAUGAUAGCAGUCUUCCAGUUUUUGAGGGGCUGCCCCCAAGAAGAGGGGGUCAACCUAUUCUCCAAAGCCCCUGACAGCAAGACAAAAACCAAUCUAGAACUAAGGAGAAAUGUCCCGAUACUCAGAACAAUCAACCAGUAGAAUAAUUUUCUUCAAAAGUUGUGGUUGCUCCAACAUUAGAGGUUUAUAAGGAGAGAUUGGAUAACCAUUUGUCUGAAAGGCUGUAAGGUUUCCUCCCUGAGCAGGGGGGGGUUGGACUAGAAGACCUCCAAAGUCCCUUCCAUCUCUGUUUAUUCUGCUGCUAAUGGGAUGGUGUGCAAUUGUUUAGUUGUGGUUGGGUUUAAAGUUUAAACCUCUUGUUGGUUUGAACAUUUGGUCCUUCUUAGAAGCUUCCAGGAAUGAAGACACAGAUCCUACCAUCAAGAGAUAAUUGUUUUCCCUUCUGUGUUUUGCUAAAAUCUAGCACCUACAAGCCCUUUGCUGCUACUCCUAGUUUCUGUAGCUCUAGUCCAGAAAGUAAUUUCUCGACUGUCUUCCUUGUAACUUCCACAAGAACCUGAAGAUGGUUUUCAUGUUUGCAAUGCAAUAGAACAGAGGUCUGCAAACUUGGCUCUUUUAAGACUUGUGGACUUCCUCAGCCAGCAAAGCUGGAAGUUGAAGUCCACAAGUCUUAAAAGAGCCAAGUUUGCAGACCCUUGCAAUAGAACAAGCUUUCUUUUGCAUUACUCUUGAGAACAAAGAUUUUAACCUUGCAAUAUAUUUAAAUCCUCUUAAGUUGCCCGAUAGAGGAUGUUGGUUCUGUUCUUCGUUGUCUAUUAACCUUUCGACUAGCGUUUCUCAAACCUCGGAGACUUUAAGAUGGGUGGACUUCAACUCCCAGAAUUCCCCAGAAAAAUGGUGGUCCUGUUUCCCAGUUUUUGUGGGUCGGAAGACAGUUUGGAAGCUAUAGGGCCACUUUAGAGUUAAGGGGGUUGGGGAAUGGCUUUUUAGGAGAAAGUGGUCUUUGCAAUUUUACAGGCCCCGGUGGCAGAGGAGGUAAUACGAGCACAGGGGAUCCCCUCCCCACCUGAGGAACCCCCUUAUUUUAAAUGCAGUGUUUGCAAUUAGAUAAGUCAAACAUCAAAAAUAAUCACCCUCUUAAAACCAGGAGCCAUUCCAGCAAAGCUCAUGAAUAUAGAAAGCUAAAAUAAAGCACAUUUUUUUUUUGCAUCUCUCGCCUUCUUGGCUGUGUAUUUUUCCUGACCCUCGACGUCCUGAAUCACCAGCAUAUUACAUAUAUAUAUAUAUUAUAUAAAGCCGAUCGGUAUAUAUGGUGCCUUAUUAUACUUUGAAGAAAGCACAAAAGUGCCUUUGCCAAAGGUUCUGCGGUUUCUGUACGUUUUAUUCUAUGCAAUUUUACACCCUGGUGUAUUUUUGUCCUCCUCCUUGGCUCAGUUCGUUGAAUGAUUGCGAUGCUUUUAGUUGCCUCUGAAUUUUUAUCCUGUCAUAUUUUUGCUAAGUUUUCCACCGUAAGGAGAAAAACGUGCACUGUUUCAAAAUCUUUCUCUUUACUCCGGCCAAACAACCACAGAUUAUUAUAAUUAUAAUAAUUAUUAUUAUUAUGGAAACUGUUAGCAAACUAAUAAACUCUCGAUACACUUCAAUUUC